UCGCUUUGGGAAGCGUUGGGAGGGAGCGGAUAGGUGUUGCUGGUGAGGACCAGGUGGAGGGUACAGCUGGGGACUUAGAGACAGCGACACCUACUGCUAGCUGCAGAGUCACCAUCCCCGGACCUCAGCUGCCCAACCGAAAGAGAAUCCGCCGGCUCCGGGGCGGGGACAGAGGAAGACGGGUAGCACCAGACCAGAGCUCAUGGCUAGGCCCAGAACCCGCAUUGUCCCCAUGCUGUUCCUCGCCCUCCUGGUGCUCUUGGAGCUGAGCCUGGGAGGCUCCCUGGGACCUGGAAGCCCAGCUCGGAACCUUCCUGAGAAUCACAUCGACCUUCAGGGCCCGGCACUGUGGAUGCCUCAGACCAGCCACCACCGCCGGCGGGGCCUGGGCAAGAAGGAGCAGGGCCCAGGCAUGCCUGGCCGGGCCCAGGACGGGGCUGUGGUCACCACCACCAGGCAGGCCUCCAGGCUGCCAGGGGCAGGGGAGCUGCUGCCUGGGCAGAGUCCUGCAGGCCGCCUGGAGGACAAGGCCCUGCCCCUGGGGCUGGCGCUGCCCUACCCAGAGAAGGAGAACCGGUCUCCCGGGUCAGAGAGAGUCAAGAAACGCGGCAAGGAGUUCAAGAGACGCAGGGAAAGGUUGAAACUGCACAGAGGCCGAGCCUUGGUCCGCGGGCCCAGCUCCCUGAUGAAGAAGGCAGAGCCCCCUGAAGACGAGGCGCAGGAUGCCACGAUGGAGGGAUCCUCCAGCAGCCUGGCCCCCACCAUACUCUACCUAACCACCUUCGAGACAGCACCUGCCACAGAAGAGUCCCUGAUCCUGCCUGUCACAUCCCUGUGGCCCCAGGCUCAGCCCAGGCCUGAUGGGGAGGUGAUGCCCACACUGGACAUGGCUUUGUUCGACUGGACUGAUUAUGAAGACUUAAAACCUGAGGUCUGGCCGUCCACAAAGAAGAAAGAGAAAUACAGGGGUAAACUCUCCAGCGACGGUAAUGAAACAUCACCUGCUGAAGGCGAGCCGUGUGACCAUCAUCAAGACUGCCUACCAGGGAGCUGCUGUGACCUCCGGGAGCACCUCUGCACACCCCACAACCGCGGCCUCAACAACAAAUGCUUUGAUGAUUGCAUGUGCAUGGAAGGGCUGCGCUGCUAUGCCAAAUUCCACCGGAACCGCAGGGUCACCCGGAGGAAGGGGCGCUGCGUGGAGCCGGAGACGGCCAACGGCGACCAGGGAUCCUUCAUCAACGUCUAGCGGCUCCGCGCCAGGCGCCUCCCCGCCGGCCUGGGGACUGCGCGCCGAGGUUUGGAGAAGCCGGGCAAUUCGUUUAGAGCUAGCAGUGCGAGAUCAGAUGGGGACUAGAUGAUCGAGGCUGCAGGCGCAAGCCCAGGACACUCCGCCCUGGGAAGGGAGCCCUGGGCGAACUGCCCCCGCCCAGGGGCCGAGCUGCGGGACACCUGCGCCCACCUCCCGGCCCUCGGAGACCACACUAGACCUCCACGGCCCCGGGAGACCGGGCGUUCCGCGAUGGCAAUGUCGAGAGCGCCCUCUGCUGCCCGUAAAGGGGAAACUCCCAGAGCAUCAAGUAGAGGAACGCGGAAACACCCCUUAUGUACCCGGCACUGCAUUCUCUCUUAGUUAUCACAAUGACCUUUCAGAGUGGGCAUUAUCACCGCUUCAGGGGUGAGGAAAACCGAGGCAGUGUGAGUUAUGACUGGUCCAGGGUCCCAGAUCAAUGCUCCUCAAAGCUGAACCUGUGGUUAAGAAUCCGGUGAGAUCUGAAACGCAGAUUCUUGCUCCCUCGCUUCUGCAUUUUUAACAAGCUUCCGGGGACAUGCUGCUGGCGGGGACCCCACUGAGAGCACCCAGGUCCUAGGGAGUAAAUGCCAGAGCCAGGAUCUGAACCUGGGCCAGGCCUGUCGGGUUCUCCAUAACCAAGGACUUAUACCAGGUUCUCCGUGGCUUUCAGUGAGAAAGAAGCAUUUCCCGGUAGUUCCCUUUUCUUUGAUGAAGUCUCUGCAAAAAUUGACUGUUCUCUUCCUUCCCUGGAGAAAGUGUAUCAUCUUGAAAAACAAAACAUGCGUUAAGCUCCCGCUUGCUGGUAAGGCAUGAUGUGAAAAGACUGGCUGUUGCCCUCUGGGAGCUGGUAUUCUGAGUUAUGAUGUGUUCUGGGGAAUGAGGCUGCGUGUCCCAGCACAUGUGCUUUGACGUUGCCCUGAUAGCUUCUUAAGCUUCUGUGGUUCGUGCCCUUUGAGAAUCGAAUGCCGAUAUGGACUCAAGAAAUGCACACGUUGUGCACAGUGCACCCGUUUUGCAUGCUGCCUCGGUGAUUUUCAGGCCUCCCACAGACCAUCUCUAGACCCCCCACACCACACUGCUGCAGCAGAGCCUACUGAGGAGUUGGGGCACCUCUGAGGUCUAGGUGCUAUCUGAAAUUACCUGCCCCCCCAUAGCUAGACCCACGAUGCCCACCCAGAACACCUCUCCCAGCAGAUCUGGCUCUAGGGGCCCCUUAAAUCCCCCCUCCACACGCGUGGCACCUCACCCCUGCUCAGCCCUCCGGUCCAGGGCAAACCAGGUUGCACAUGACAAAAGCCUUCCCUGUCCAAAUUCCGUGCUGGCCUGAACACCUGCCCAGGGACCACACCCACGAUGCCAGGGCUGUUUACUCCAUUGGGAAAAUCAGUCAAGGUCAGGGGUCUGGCACCAACCAGAGCAGACAGAUCUAGGAGAAACCAAAUAUCCUUGCUCAUUUCUCCCUUUUCAAGUUCUAUGGGCACGGGGACCGUGGGCGUGGGGGUGGGGCAGGGGAACGGAACGAGAUCAAAGCCGGCUCUUUGGAAAUCAAAUCCACCAGCAGUUUUGUCUACGACCAGUCAGUGCCCAUGCUGUGUGGCUUCACUUGGGGUGGCUGAUCUGAGAUUGUGAUUGGACCCUAAGCGGGCGGCCACAGGCAGGAACCACAGCAUCGCUUAUGUCUGGGAGCCAACAGGAAGGCCUGGGGACAUCAGCAGUGGAAAACACAGAAGGUCCCACGGAACUAUCCCUGUCUACUAGGGGACCUCCACGUUGGAAAUUCAGAGUCUAGCUCUUUGCCCUAGCUACCUCCACGCCGUGGUUGCAAAGGUGGUCGGUGGGUGCAAAGCUCCUAAUGCCAGAGUUAGGGAUCCCAGAGCCCCCUCAGUGUUUAACAAACCUCUUUGCCAGGAAGUUCUUCCUUAGGUCUAUCUUACAUUUCUUUCGCUGGCACAGAAGUCAGUUCUCCGUAAUCCAGGAUUCAGCAAACUUUUACCAUAGAGGGCAGUUAAAUAUGUUAGGCUGUGUUCCAAUAAAACAAUUAAUGGAUGCUGA